UGUAAUCAUGAUGGAGGCUCUGGCAUAAGUUUUCAUUUUCGGCGCUCAAAAGAUGAUAGAAAAAUGAUUAUUUGAGACUUGUGUUUUUAUUAGUUUGUAAAACAGAAAAUGGUAACGAUUGUUGAUGAUAUAGAUUUUUUAACAGUUCAAGAGGUGAUUUUUAAAGAUGUCAAAUAUUACCUCUCUGGCGAUGUCUCGGAAAGGAUUAUGCAGUUACUUCAGUCAGGUGGAGGUGAAAAUACAAAAUAUUUUUCUGACUACGUUACUCAUCUAAUUUGUGGUCAAAAUGCUGCCGAUACAGACAUUGAUGAAGCUCAGGACAUCUAUCAGAUUCCUGCUGUGAACGAAAAUUGGGUCCUUGCAUGUGCUAGAUUAAAAAAAUUGGCGAACACAAAGCCAUACUUUCCUAGCAAAAAUAAAAUAUUCUCAAAUGUUGUUGCAUGUGUAUCCAAAGUGACUCCAGCUGACGCCAAAACGUUAUUUGCGCUAAUAACAUAUCAUGGUGGAAGAGUGAAGUUAAAUUUGGAUAGUCAGUGUACUCAUUUGAUCUGUGGCUCAACAUCAAGUAAAAGAUACAAUUCAGCACUCUCACUGUCCUAUAAAAUUAAAAUCGUCACUCCAGAUUGGGUUUUGGAGAGCUUAAGAGCUAGAAUACAGGCGGUGGCUGAGGUAUUUCACCCUAAAUUAUUGGUUAUACCAAAACCACCUCCGCCACCAAAACCAAUGGACCGUAUUAGUGCAAUAACAGGAUUCGAUUUUGAAGAAGGCAUUGCAAAAAACGAAGUACCAACUCAAAACAUGUCAGAAGGUAAAAAUGAAGAUACAAAAGCACUUUUAGAUAAACUCAAGCAAAGAAUGCCAUGGAAUCAUAAUCCAUCAUCAGCUAAUUCUUCAACAGUUACAACUUCUAAUGCUAACUCAAUGGGCUACACCACUGCUUCUAAUACAACAAGUAUUGUAACAAAAUCUUUACCACAAGGAAUAACGCAGAAUGUGCAAAUACAGGGUGUUCAACAGAAUUCCCAGCUUAUACAGAAGUUUGGGCAGAAUCCUGCUAUAUCACAAGCAAAUGUUAAUAUUCAGAAUCAACAAUCUAAUAUGCAACAAGGUUAUUCACAAACUCAACAGUCACCACAGCCUCAUGGCCUAUCUGCCAUUCAAAUACAGCAACAAAAGUUGUUGCAACAACAUCAACUCAGAAUGCAAAUGCUGCAACAAGGAUUUACUCAACCUAAUGUUUCUCAGAUGAAUCAAAAUAUUUCUGGUCAAAUUCAGCAACAUAUUCAAAGUAAUCAACAUCAUGUACAACAAACACAGAAUGUUUCUCAAUCUCAGAAUUCAUCUAUGACUUCAGCUCAACAACAAAUUGAGAGCAUUAGUCAAAUGCUAAGUCAAAGUGCUAAUAAUUUACAACAAGCAAAUAAUUUGCAACAAGCACAGCAUAAUCAACAGAAUAUGUCUAUGAAACAAAGUCUUACCCUAAGUCAGCAAAGUGCCGUGCAAAAUAUUGCACAGCAAUUGGCACAGUCAACUCAAAAUUUACAACAGAGCUUACAAAAUGCAAAACUUAAUCAAAACCUUGGCCAAAAUCAAGUUAUAAGCCAGCAACAGAUGAUGAGUUCUGGUCAACAACAUUCAUCACAAAAUCAAGGUAUGAUUCAACAGCAAACUGUUCAAUCACUGACUAAUCAGCAACAAAAUCUUAACAUGGGAGUUCAACAAGGCCUUGUUACUUCUCAAGCGCAAUCUAAUCAAGGACAGAUGAGCCAAUUAGUAAGUAAUACUUCACAGCAAUCUGUCAUUGGUCAGCAAAUACAACAAUCAAUACAAAGUCAGCAGGGUGGAAACAUGCCAGUGCAAGGAACAUGGAGACAGCAGAAUAUUCAAAUGGUACAAAAUGUACAAGGUCAACAUCAGUUAAUCAGAAGUCCAUUAGUUCAGUCAAGAAAUCCUCAAAACCAAGUUAUAUUACAACAGCAGAUUAUGCAAACACAACAGCAAACAUUAAUAAACAACCAACAGUCGCAACUGAGUCCACAGCAUGCGGUUCAACAAUCACAACAGAUUUUACAGCAAUCCAUUGGAUCUCAAGGUCAAUCAAUAAGUCAGACCCAUCACCAAAUACUUGUACAGAAACAACAACUUCUGAAUAAUGCUGGACAACAACAGAUUGUUCAACCACAACAAGUUUUGAUAAAUCAGCAUACUGGCCAACAACAAAUACUUGUUCAUGGAAACCAACAAGUUACAUUGCAGGGUGGACAACAAAUAGUGUCACAGAGCCAAAUAGUCCAUCAGGGAGGUCAAUUGGUCAACCAGGGUGGACAACAAAUACUCACUCAGGGUACUCAACAAGUUCUGUCACAAGGGGGUCAGCAUGUUAUAACACAACAGGGACAGCAACAUCAAGUAGUGAUAGCUCAGUCACCACAGCAGAUUGUAUCACAGUCUGGCCAACAGAUAAUUGGCCAAAAUGUUGGUCAGGGGCAACAAGUAUUAUCGCAGGUACCUCAGUCUCCACAGCCUGGAGGGCAAAUUACUGGUGGGGGCAUUCAGCAGAUAAUAACUCAUAGUGGUGGACAGCAAAUAGUGUCACCAGGUGGGCAGCAAGUUAUACAGGGUGGGCAGAAUGUCUCUUGGCAACAACAACAGUAUAUACAGCAACGGCAACCCAUUGGGCAACCUACUGGAGUUGGACAAAGGCCGCUACAAGUAUCAUGGACAGCAGGCGGUGGUGGACGACAACUUAUCCACCUGGAUGCUCAGACGCAUGCGCAGUUGCAGCAGAUGGACCCGCAGCAGCGCGCCAUGUUCGUGGCGCAGCUGCAGAAGCGCCGCCAGCUGCAGAUACAACGCGCUCUGGCGCAGCAGCAGCAACCAGUAGUAUCGGGAGCGCCCGGUGGCGGGCUGCAGGCGACGCAAAACGUGACGUUCAUACGGAGCCCCUUACCGCCUGGGCUCUCGCAACAACAGCAGGUACAAUGGCAAGUGCAACAGCCAGGAAUUAGAACUGCUACAAUUCCUGCCGCAACUCCGUCUCAGACACCACAGUCACCAGUAGGUGGAGUAGGAGGGAGUGUAGGUAAUGUUGGUGGGACUACAACAGUGGGCGCGGGCGUGGAGACGCAGUUGCAACAGUUGCAACGACAACAGCAGUAUCGGCUGCAACAGUUGCAGGCGCAAAGGGACCAUGCACACCAUCAGACCGCUAAACAGGUGGCGCCUGUAACGCAACAUGUGGUAACUCCACUACAAGAACAACAAGUCGAUGCUAUUUUGACUCCUACCACACCGGAACAACAACAAGCAGGUGCUGGUGCAUUGCUGGUGAAUCCCAAGACGAAGACAGCGCUGGCUAACAUGCUGUCCAUACGAUUGCAAGGAACAGCACCGCCGUCUGAUCAUGAACCAUCCGCGGCCGGUACCCUAAGGUUGAUGACGGCUGCACACGCGGCGGGAGGUGCUGUGCGAGCUCCGGCGCGCCUUUUGCUUGGAGCCACACAUCACCCGCACACAGUGCCAGCACCGGCCGGUAGCACGGUAGUUGGUAACAAAGUGUACGGUAGCGUGGGCGGGGUGGGCGCAGUGCGUGCAGCUCCGCCUCGUGCGCAGUUCUAUGGACACAAUCCUAACCUUAAACUGCCUCCUGAUCUGUUCCUGCUCGGCUGUGUUUUCCAUGUGGUGGAGUACCAGCAGUCGGUGGGCAGCGAGCGCGUGGCGCGCUGGACGGAGGCGAUCCAGCGGCGCGGCGGCGAGGUGGAGGCGGGCUACUGCGCGCGCGUCACGCACGUGCUGUGCGAGACGCAGCGCCACGGCGUCGUCAUGCAGGCACUGCGCGACGCUAAGCGGUGCGUGACGGCGUACUGGGUGCUGGACACGAUGGAGCGGCGCGCGGUAGCACCGCCGUGGCAGGCGAUCCACCUGCCGGCCAUGUACGCGGCGCGCGAGCGGCCCGCGAGACACCACCGCGCCGCGCUGUCGGGCUGGCGGCGCGACGAGCGGCGCCGGCUCGCCUGCUGCCUGCGACAGGUUGGCGCCAAGCUGACGCCGUACAUGACGCGCGACAACACGGUACUGAUCUGCAAGCGCGCGGAGGGCAACAAGUACCGGCGCGCGAGGGAGUGGGCCAUCCCCGUGGUCAGUGCCGCCUGGCUCACCGACCUGCUGCUCGGCAACAUGACGGCGCUGUCGCAGGUACACACACACCACACGACACGAUAUCGCGGGAGUGGGCCAUCCCCGUGGUCAGUGCCGCCUGGCUCACCGACCUGCUGCUCGGCAACAUGACGGCGCUGUCGCAGGUACACACACACCACACGACACGAUAUCGCGGGAGUGGGCCAUCCCCGUGGUCAGUGCCGCCUGGCUCACCGACCUGCUGCUCGGCAACAUGACGGCGCUGUCGCAGGUACACACACACCACACGACACGAUAUCGCGGGAGUGGGCCAUCCCCGUGGUCAGUGCCGCCUGGCUCACCGACCUGCUGCUCGGCAACAUGACGGCGCUGUCGCAGGUACACACACACCACACGACACGAUAUCGCGGGAGUGGGCCAUCCCCGUGGUCAGUGCCGCCUGGCUCACCGACCUGCUGCUCGGCAACAUGACGGCGCUGUCGCAGGUACACACACACCACACGACACGAUAUCGCGGGAGUGGGCCAUCCCCGUGGUCAGUGCCGCCUGGCUCACCGACCUGCUGCUCGGCAACAUGACGGCGCUGUCGCAGGUACACACACACCACACGACACGAUAUCGCGGGAGUGGGCCAUCCCCGUGGUCAGUGCCGCCUGGCUCACCGACCUGCUGCUCGGCAACAUGACGGCGCUGUCGCAGGUACACACACACCACACGACACGAUAUCGCGGGAGUGGGCCAUCCCCGUGGUCAGUGCCGCCUGGCUCACCGACCUGCUGCUCGGCAACAUGACGGCGCUGUCGCAGGUACACACACACCACACGACACGAUAUCGCGGGAGUGGGCCAUCCCCGUGGUCAGUGCCGCCUGGCUCACCGACCUGCUGCUCGGCAACAUGACGGCGCUGUCGCAGGUACACACACACCACACGACACGAUAUCGCGGGAGUGGGCCAUCCCCGUGGUCAGUGCCGCCUGGCUCACCGACCUGCUGCUCGGCAACAUGACGGCGCUGUCGCAGGUACACACACACCACACGACACGAUAUCGCGGGAGUGGGCCAUCCCCGUGGUCAGUGCCGCCUGGCUCACCGACCUGCUGCUCGGCAACAUGACGGCGCUGUCGCAGGUACACACACACCACACGACACGAUAUCGCGGGAGUGGGCCAUCCCCGUGGUCAGUGCCGCCUGGCUCACCGACCUGCUGCUCGGCAACAUGACGGCGCUGUCGCAGGUACACACACACCACACGACACGAUAUCGCGGGAGUGGGCCAUCCCCGUGGUCAGUGCCGCCUGGCUCACCGACCUGCUGCUCGGCAACAUGACGGCGCUGUCGCAGGUACACACACACCACACGACACGAUAUCGCGGGAGUGGGCCAUCCCCGUGGUCAGUGCCGCCUGGCUCACCGACCUGCUGCUCGGCAACAUGACGGCGCUGUCGCAGGUACACACACACCACACGACACGAUAUCGCGGGAGUGGGCCAUCCCCGUGGUCAGUGCCGCCUGGCUCACCGACCUGCUGCUCGGCAACAUGACGGCGCUGUCGCAGGUACACACACACCACACGACACGAUAUCGCGGGAGUGGGCCAUCCCCGUGGUCAGUGCCGCCUGGCUCACCGACCUGCUGCUCGGCAACAUGACGGCGCUGUCGCAGGUACACACACACCACACGACACGAUAUCGCGGGAGUGGGCCAUCCCCGUGGUCAGUGCCGCCUGGCUCACCGACCUGCUGCUCGGCAACAUGACGGCGCUGUCGCAGGUACACACACACCACACGACACGAUAUCGCGGGAGUGGGCCAUCCCCGUGGUCAGUGCCGCCUGGCUCACCGACCUGCUGCUCGGCAACAUGACGGCGCUGUCGCAGGUACACACACACCACACGACACGAUAUCGCGGGAGUGGGCCAUCCCCGUGGUCAGUGCCGCCUGGCUCACCGACCUGCUGCUCGGCAACA